AUGUCAUAUCCACAAUUUGGAUAUCCCUACUCGUCUGCUCCACAAUUCCUGAUGACAACCAACUCUCUGACCACUUGCUGCGAGUCCACCGGCAGAUCCAUAGCCGACUCCGGAGUGGCGGCGUCCGGGCAGACACCAGUCUACUGCCCCGUGUACGAGAGCCGGCUGCUGGCCACGGCGAGGCAUGAACUCAGCUCAGCCGCCGCGCUGGGCGUGUACGGGAGUCCCUACACUGGCAGUCAAGGCUAUGGGAAUUACGUUACAUACGGCACCGAUGCCUCGGCAUUCUACUCGCUGGGCACAUUCGACACUAAAGACCCCACAGCUUCUGCGCAUGCGGGAAUAACCCAGGCAACCGCCUACUAUCCUUAUGAUCCUACCUUGGGACAGUACCAGUAUGACAGAUAUGGUUCCAUGGAUGGGGGAACAAGGCGGAAGAACGCCACGCGGGAGACGACCAGCACUCUAAAAGCCUGGCUGCAGGAACACAGGAAGAACCCGUACCCCACUAAAGGGGAGAAGAUCAUGCUGGCCAUCAUCACCAAGAUGACCCUGACGCAGGUCUCCACGUGGUUCGCCAACGCCAGGCGGAGGCUCAAGAAGGAGAACAAGAUGACGUGGCCGCCCAGGAACAAGGGCUCAGAGGAGAAGAGAUAUGACGAGGAUGAAGAUGGGUCUCAGGAGGAGCAGAUAAAAAGCGAGAACAAUGAGGAUGAGACCAGAAGUCGGCCUGAUAAAGACCUGCAGUUGAGCGAUUUGGACGAUUUCGACACGCUCGAGUCCGAGAGCUCGGAGUGCGAGCUGAAACACCGAUACCUCAUGAACACGCACAUGACGACGACGGGCGACUGCCCCGCGGAGCACCUCAUCAAGGACGCGUCUCUGAAAAUCUCCAUCCCUGUUUCCCUGGGAGGGGAGCAGGACUUGAGCAAAAGUUGUCUCAAAACGAACCAGGAGGAUUUCCAGCCUGCCAAAGUGUGUUAUAGCCAACAGCAGCAGCAGCAGCAGCAGCAGCAGCAGGCAGGGCACCAGCUAUUAGACGGCAAGCCUCGGAUCUGGUCUUUGGCACAAACUGCGACGUCCCUGAACCAGACUGAGUACCCGUCCUGUAUGCUGAGGUGCCAGCCGCCGCCCCCCUCCUCGCUCACUCCAUCCCCCGCCGCUACCUCACCUGUGACCGUCCUGGACAACGGGCAGGACUCGCCGGUCACGACCCUGAGAAACUGGGUGGACGGAGUUUUCCACGACCCCUUGUUUAGGCACAGCACUUUGAGCCAGGCUCUGACCAACACCACCGUCUCUUGGACCACGAACACCAAAGACGCCAUGCUGGAGGCUGAGAGGAGCGCGGCGGCCUUGCAGCAGCAGCAGCAGCAGCAGCACCACCAUGACUCCUCCAAAGACAGUGCCAUGAGUUUCCCAAAAACUAUCAACAAACUUUUCUGCUCCUAA